AUGCUCUCUCGGAUAGCUGGCCGGGCGGUCGUGGGCAGACGCCUGCUUGUCGCCGGUGCAAGACAGUCCUCGACCUGGGGUGCCGUGCCCCAGGGACCUCCAGACGCCAUUCUGGGCAUCACGGAAGCCUUCAAGGCCGACUCCUUCAAGGACAAGAUCAACCUCGGCGUGGGUGCCUACCGAGACGACAAGGGCAAGCCAUACGUGCUGCCCUCCGUCAAGGCCGCCGAGUCCAAGGUGGUCUCCUCCAGCCUCGACAAGGAGUACGCUGGCAUCACCGGCAUCCCAGCCUUUACCGCCUCCGCAGCCAAACUCGCCUACGGAGCCGACAGCCAGCUCAUCCGCGACGACCGCGUAGCCAUCACCCAGACCAUCUCGGGAACCGGUGCCCUGCGCGUAGCCGCUGCCUUCAUCCAGCGCUUCUACCCUCACUCCAAGACCAUCCACAUCCCCACGCCCAGCUGGGCCAACCACGCUGCCGUCUUCAAGGAUGCCGGCCUCACCGUCGAGAAGUACAGAUACUACGACCAGAAAACCAUCGGGCUCGACUUUGAUGGCCUGCUGCAGGACAUGAAGAACGCAGACGAGAAGAGCGUCUUCCUGCUGCAUGCCUGUGCUCACAACCCGACCGGCGUCGACCCGACCCAGGAGCAGUGGAAGCAGAUUGCGCAGGUCAUGAAGGAGAAGGGCCACUUUGCUUUCUUCGACAUGGCUUAUCAGGGCUUUGCUAGUGGUGACAUCCACCGUGACGCUUUUGCUUUGAGAUACUUUGCUGAGCAGGACAUGCCUCUACUCCUGUGCCAGAGUUUCGCAAAGAACAUGGGCCUCUAUGGUGAGCGAGUAGGAGCUUUCUCCGUUGCUUGUGCAUCCGCCGAAGAGAAAAAGCGCGUCGACUCGCAGAUCAAGAUCCUCGUUCGACCGCUCUACUCUAACCCCCCCGUCCACGGUGCUCGCAUCGCAUCCGCCAUCAUGAACGACCCGGCCCUGAACGAGCAGUGGCUGGCUGAGCUCAAGGCCAUGGCCGACCGCAUCAUCGAGAUGAGAGCCCUGCUCAAGGAGAACCUCGAGAAGCUCGGCAGCAAGCACGACUGGAGCCAUAUCACCUCCCAGAUCGGCAUGUUUGCCUACACCGGCCUCAAGCCAGACCAGAUGGAGAAGCUUGCUAAGGAGCACUCCGUGUAUGCCACCAAGGACGGCCGUAUCUCUGUUGCCGGCAUCACCUCUGAGAACGUCAAGCGUCUUGCCGAGUGCAUCUACAAGGUCACCGGCUAG